AUGGCUUCAACAAAUGCAAAGGUUAGUAACCAUGUUCCUGAAGAUAUCAUCUUCUCUAUUGUCUCUAAACUGCCAUUAAAAUCUGUUCAUCGUUUUACCUGUGUGCGUAAAUCCUGGACUCUUUUAUUUCAAAACCCUAUUUUCAUGAACAUGUUUGGUAAAAACCCUAAUGAUGAAGCUACUCUCCUUCUAAACCAUUUCGAUAAUAUCGACCGGAAAUGGAAACUGUAUCUUGUCUCUGCUGAUGAGGAAUUUGAAAGCAAAGUGCAACUGAACUGGCCAUUUCCUUUCCGCCAAAACUAUGGUCCUUCUUAUCCUCAUAUUGUAGGUUCUGCUAUCAAUGGCAUUCUUUGUAUAUAUGAUAAACAAAACUCUUCCAUGAUUGUUUUAUGGAAUCCCGUUACGGACGAGUUAACUAGGGUUCCUCCGAGUAGGGCUAGAUUAUUGUAUAAUGAGUAUGAAACUCUUUUUGUUAUUCAUGGAUUUGGUUAUGAUCAUGUUAAUGAUGAUUAUAAAAUCAUUCAGCGUAUUGUUUAUUUCGGACGCUAUUGGCAAUCAGUGCCGUCGGGUCCUUUUUGGGAGUUAUAUAGUUUGAGAAGCAACUCAUGGAAGAAAAUUAAUGUUGACAUGCAAGAGCGUUACCUACUGAGUCAUGGAUUGGGUGUUGAAGUGUAUUUGAAUGGAGUGUGCUAUUGGUGGGGGGAGUCAGAUGAUGAAACAUAUGUUGUGUCGUUUAAUUUGAGCAAUGAGAUGCAUAUUACCACUCUCUUUCCCAUUAAUUUGCAUGAUUUUAUAGUGUUUGAUAGACAUUUGGCUGUGUUAAAUGGGCAUGUUGCUAUGAUUUUGAGUUAUGUAAAGAAAACUUCGCCUUCUUUUAACAUAUCAAUAUCAGUUUUAGGUGAGCCUGGUGUUUCGGAAUCAUGGACUAAACUCUUUGAUGUUAGACCAUUGUCUUGUUUCGAGCAUCCUAUAGGAUCGGGCAAGAAGAAGGGUAAUGUGUUUUUCAGAAAAGACGAUGAUGAACUAGCUUGUCUUGAUUUAUCUACUGGAGUAGUGGAGAACAUUGGUGUUAAAGCAAAAAGAAAUUGUUCUCAAGUGGUUGUUUAUAAGGAAAGCUUUCUUUCUGUUGGAGGAAUGAUUAAUUAG